CGCUCGGUAGAACCAGUCGAGUUUCGAGUUUCGCCGAGGCCAGUCAUGGAAAUCGACCCGUGAAUACGCGCGCGCGUUCCGCUCUUUGAACCACCUUUGAAGACUUGGAUCCAAAUGCCGACCCGGUGCGGCGGAGUACCUCUCUAUGUAUGUAAUGCAAUAGAAGCUCAGCUGUCUCACUCUUUUCGCGCAUAUCGUGUCAUCGUGCGAAGGCAGCAACAGCAGCAAUAACAACUUAAACAAGAAAGCAUAACUUUAACACCGAAGGCCGGAGAGCUGCGGUGGAGAAUUCGCGCUUACCUUAACGUGUGGGAGCCGGAGCGGAUGUUGCGAGAUAUAAUAUUGUUUGUAUAGAUGUCUUUUUGAUUGCUGUUUGGGCUUAUUCUAGCGAAAGUGAGCAUCUUCCGAUUCGACUUUGAUCGUAUAUCCGCGCGUCGUCGUUCUGAAGUUCGUUCGUCGUUGAUUUGUUGGUUGGUGGCAUUGAAUAGAGCACGCGAACUUGUAGAGUCGCCUCCGUAUUCUGCUCCGUGGAUGGCAAAUUCUGAAUAGCGGUCGAAACCAGUUUCCGAAACCGAAAAGUCUUUGACCUAUAUAAUUCUGCGAGCUGCAUUGUUGUUAGUGGGAUGUGUGAAGCUUUGAAAAGUGAUGCCCAAAGGGAGAUUUCGUAAGAGGGGGUCUUUGAUACGUAUGUAGUGUAGUGCAGUCGAACUAGACCGGCAAAUACUGCUGCCGAGUUCGACGGAUGCUGAGCAUUAACGUCCAAGUGUAUUACUAGUUCAAUGUGCGGUGCAUGAGAGUCUAUCGAAAAGCCCUUCGAUUGCGUCGUCAACUGACCGGGUAACGAAGGCAAGGCGUGAGACAACGUUCUCUUUAUGGUUGACGCUUGGUUUGGAGGGCGGAGGUGGAAGCACUUACACACACAAUCCGUAGGUGAGGAAGUGGACUGCCGACCAUACGGCAAGAAAAGCAGACUUGGCAAGCAGUCUCGCGAAUUGCCGUCGCGACGUUGUAAAGUGGGUAUCGGACACAGCUAAAUCAUCAAUCGUCGACCGCGUGCAUCUAUCACGUUGCCCGAGGAGACCAGUUUUCUGCGGUGCUGCCCGUUGACAAAUGCCCCAACCCAGGUUUGGUCAGCGCAAUCAGGUGAUUUCUAGUUCUGGACAGCUACUAUUCCAGUCCAUCAAAGCAAAGUUGGAAAUGAACACAAAUAAAUUAAGGUGGAUAGCGAAGUGAUCAAACAUCAUCUGGUGCCGAUGAGUGGAAAAGCGAAAUAAACACUACUCGAAAAAGCGAAGCAAAAGCAGUAAAAAUUGUUAAUGUGAUCAAGUGCAAAGUUUUUAAUUGAAGAAGUCAGUUCACAGUAGGAGCGGCAAUAGCAGAAAAAGUUGCACUUGAGAGUGACAUCGGGUCCCCUGGCGACGAUAGUUGAACACCAAGAUCAACAAGGAGAGCCGACCGACCAACUGACAAAGAAGAGUAAGCACAAGGAAGGAAGGAAGCAAACAAAGUGGAAGAAGGUAGCAGCAGCAGCAGAAUCACUUUGUGGCACUUGUGCGAAUUUCCAUUUCAAAGAGUGCACUCGGUAAAGGUGGAAAGCUCACAGAGGAAAAGAGCGCGAGAAGAUAGUGUGCGGUGAGCAGAAGAAGAAAGAGUGUGGGGUGAAAAGCGUGCACUGCGUGGUCAUCUGAGUGUGGGUGGCGAGGGCGCUCCUUGGAAGCGCGUAGUGUAGCAAAAAGGAAUCAAAGGUGUCUGAGACCGGCGAGUCCAGUGAAACGGAGCAACAACAGGCCGACCAAUGUAGUGAUAAUCUUCUGCCGCCGCCAAUCUCGCCGCCGUCGAUGGCAACUAUUGAUUCAGCAUCAUCUUGGCAUGGGAGCGGCGGGAGCUGUCGUAAUCAAUGCGCCACACGGAUUGCCGACCUUGCCAGGCACCAGACUUUGGAAAUGGAAGGAACCUUGGCGCACAGCAUCAUACCAACCGUAGACAGCACCACUACGGAGGCCGACCGAAAGUGCGGCAGUUUGGACGUGGAUCUGGAUCGAAAGUUCCUAAACAAUAAUAAUACUACUAGCAUGAAAUGUUUGCAAUUCACCAGACCACCUGACCCACCGCCACCACCCGCAUUACUCUUCGAUUACGUAGUUGAGCAGAGCAUCCAAAGUCAACAGCACAAUCUCCUAGAUAGCGAAAUCAAAAGUUUUGAAAACAUAAGCUUUAAUAGCAAUAGUGACAAGCAGUCAGCGAAUAGUCAAGUAGAUGCAGUAGCAACCAAUUCACCUAGCGUUAAUAGUCAGCCAGUAGAUAAAUCCACGGUCGUAGACCCAGGAGAAGCGAAAAUGCCCAAAACAGAUCUGGUAGACAACGAUGAUCUGUUGGAGGCAAGCAAUAGGACCGAGUCCCAGCUGGAGAUCAACACGGCCGGGGUGACCUUCAAAGGCCGUGUGCUUCCCAAGCUGCAACCCCUGGAUCAAACUAGACCCAUCUAUCCCAAUGUGCCGUAUAGUCCGUACAACAGCCCCUACGGAAGUCCGAGAAGUGGCCGCCGGCGAACGCCCUUGCGCGAAUCCAGACGGGUCUCCAUCGAACAGUCCGGAAGCUUUCUGCAGCUCAACCAAUACAAACUGCUGGAUCAGAUUGGCCAGGGUUCGUACGGAUUGGUGAAGCUUGCUUACUCCGAGGAGGACUCGACGCAUUAUGCGAUGAAAAUCCUAUCCAAGCGGAAGCUACUUCGCAAGGCGGGUCUGAUGCGCCGAGGACCAAAGCGGGGAACGUCUCCACUGGAUCGGGUGUACCGUGAAAUUGCCGUGCUGAAGAAGCUGGACCAUCCGAACGUGGUGAAACUAGUCGAGGUGCUGGACGAUCCAUUGGAGGAUUCACUAUAUCUCGUUUUCGAACUGGUGCAGCACGGGGAAAUUCUCAGUAUACCGACCGAUUGUCCGCUUAGCGAGGAACGUGCCUGGAAUAUAUUUCGGGAUGUUAUCCUGGGCGUCGAAUAUCUCCACUACCAGCGGAUCAUCCACGGCGAUCUGAAGCCAGCGAAUCUGCUGAUGUCCGACUCGGGAAGCGUGAAGGUAGCUGACCUGGGUGUGUGUAACGAGUUCCUUGGCGAAGAUGCCGCGAUGAACAAUGGCUCAACGGCUGGCACGCCGGCAUUCCGGGCGCCUGAAACGCUGCUACCCGGGCAGCAUGUCUACAAUGGGAAGGCGGCCGACAUUUGGGCGCUGGGUGCUACUCUCUAUUCGCUAGUCCAUGGAAAUGUUCCUUUUAUAGCUACUUCGGUUCCUGGUGUGUAUGAGAAGAUUAAAAGUGACCCGUUGCAGUUUCCUCCUACGAGCCCUAUUAGCCCAGAGCUACGGGACCUUAUCGAAACUAUACUGGAUAAGGAUCCGCAGUUGCGAAUAACUCUGCCCCAGAUCAAGGAACACUGCUGGGUCACUAAAUUCGGUCGCUAUCAUUUGCCCACUGAAGAGGAGAAUUGCCGUCUGGUGCAAAUCAAUGACGAAGACAUGACAACUGUUGUGAAGAGCAUUCCAAAGCUAGAUACGCUAAUACUGAUAAAAACUAUGCUCAAGAAGCACUCGUUCCUAAAUCCGUUCAUGAGAGGCAUUUCCGGUCGAGCGCCGCAAUUGGGCGGCUCCCGAAUAGAGCGAUUCAGUCGAUCCGGUCGGUCCAAUUCAGCCCCUGGAGAUUAUCAUACUUCUGAAAGGCAACCCUCCAAUGAAUCGCUUCUACCCUCCGUUACGGAAGGCGUCUCUAGCCCUGGAAGUAGCCCCGAACAGCUGUCGCCCUGUAAGGUUCCCAGCAUAGUAUCAACUCCGUCCCAGGAUUCUUCCAACACCGCAACGGCUACGGAGACCGAUCUCGUUGAAGAGCCCAAACCGGAAAGCGCAGACCACAUGGUAAAUGAUGACGUUGUAACCUAGAGGUGCAUAGUGCGUAAUCAGUACGCUAGUUUGGCUUUAUCUUUCAGUCUAUAGAUUAGCGAAUGAUAGCAACCCAAACUUUCCCUUUUUCUCUCUUUCUCUUUCUCUCCGUCUUUUUCCCUUUCUUUUUUUUCUUAUUCUAGACCUUGCCAAACCGGGCUUACUUAGAAGUUCUGCUCUAAUUCGAUGCUAGUGAUUUCCGAUUUUAUUUAGUAUCCAAAGAUUUUUAGAACCCUUAAACCGAAAGCAAUUGGUGAGACAAGCUAUGUAAAGUUUAGCCGCUCUUUUAUCACGAUUGUUUGCUGAAUAAUUAUCGUAUAAACUUAAAUCAUUCCGUCUCGCAAUUACAGCAAAUAGAGCGUAAGAAAUUAGUGUCGUUCAGCGUUGUUGAUUUUUAUAUUCAGUAGAUUUUACUUGUACUUAUUGUGCAUACGGAAUUUUGACGGUUUUUUGCAUUUAAUAGUUGACAAAAGAAACAAAUAACAAACGUUACACUAAUAGCUUUGAACAUUUUGGAUGUUAUCGGUAAUGAGCGGACGUUAGAAUCAGUAGCUGUGUAAAUAUUUACAACAUUUGACCUUUUUUAUCACAUAGUCCUAGUAAUGGAGGUGUUUUUUAAAAGUCAACUAACAUUUGAAUACAUGCAUAAUUAUUGACCAAAAAUUGAAUGUUUAACUACAUACUUAAGAGUUUGAUAUUAAAUACUUAAGGCUCCGCAGUUAUGGGCUCAGAGUCAUAAAUUCAGAAAUUUUACGCUUUAAAUAUUACUAAUUAAUAUAAAAUAUAAAGUUUAAAAACAGAAAUGAAUCCAACAUUGUGAAUAUCAGAACUUGCCACUUAAGGAUGAAUCUAAAUUGGCCAAAAACGCAUCGCGACACAGAAACUGAUACUGGCAAGUUGUGAUAUGGUUUUUCGCAGAUCUUUCUCUUUGAAUCUUAUGAACCUUUAAACUUAACCUAGCAACUAUAUUCAGUGUAGGCAACAGGCAAUUUCCGAUCAGUAACAGUCCGACAAAUUCGCGAUAAAUCGUAAAACUACUUAGCACGGACAGCAAGGCAAAAUACGCCGGACGAUAAAAGCCCAUAAUGAUAGAUUUCCAAUCACUUAAGCUUUAAAUAUGAUACCUACAUAUAACUACACUAUAAAUACAUCGUAUAGAACUGACAGGCAAAAACCGUUGAGUUUCGUCACCAUCACCGUGACAUACGUACAUCGGGACCAUUCAGUUGUUUAGUACGUUCCUGUAAGGUUGAGCGCUAAAUGCCUUCUGUUUUAACUCCUAACUCUUAACUGCAUGUAUUUACACCAUCUGUAUCAUAUACAACCAUACAUCCCCACCCAAACACAUUUUCAUGUUUCUACAAGGAUGAUUUCGUCGGUCAGUACAUUGAUUUUCGCAAUACUAUGAAGUAUUGUAGAUUGAAAAAGUGAAAAGUGCGUAG